AUGCAGUCAUUUUGUUCGGCCGAUCAUGCGAGAGUACUCAUCAUUGACGCAAUUUUCAUCAGAUGGAUUUUAGCAAGAUCUGGAUUCACACUGCGUCCCGUUGGAGGCUAUCAAGCGCCGAGAGAUUUUCUGGCCGGAUUGGCGUUCCGCGUGUUCAAUUGUACGCAGUAUGUGAGACACCACAAAUUCCCGUUCUACACACCCGAACCAAAUUAUGCGUUUUUCAGCGAUAUGGUUCAUGAAUUCCUUGGGCAUAUGGCAAUGUUUGCUGACCCACGUUUUGCGCAGUUUUCCGAGGAGAUCGGUCUGGCGUCGUUGGGUGCAUCUGAAGAGGAAUGCAGGGAAAUUGCUCGUUUGUACUUUUUCACCAUUGAAUUCGGUCUCUCGCUGGAAGAUGCAGAAUUCGAACCGACAAAGAAAAAUCUAAAGGUUUACGGGGCAGGACUUUUGUCUUGCGUUGAUGAACUUGAGUUUGCGGUUAGCGACAAGUCGAAAGUCCAUCGUUUCGAGCCAGAUUUUGUGGUCAAAACAGUACCGUCGGUAACAACCUUCCAGGAGUGUUAUUACUUCACUCGUAAUCUCGAAGAAGCGCUCAUCAAGUUAAGAAUCUACACAGCCACGAUGAAACGUCCAUUCAGUGUGCUCUACAAUGCCCACACGAACACAAUUGAUUUAAUCAAUUCGAGAGAAUCACUGCAGUUGGCUUCUGAAGCGAUGCGUUUCAACGUAGAGCAGAUCAGUGCCGCAAUUCGUCACAAUAUUUCCUGA